ACCCCUGUAAACCUUCCACCAUAAAGGCCGCCAUAUUUUCACAUUCCCAAAAUGCUCUCACCACCCGCACUGUUUUUUCCACCACACACCACUACUUAAGAGAUCGCACACGUUACCCAAGUUACAUAUCACCUUUGCUAGAAAAUCAACCGGAAAAUGUUGGAGCCGGUGAACAACGAGAACGAGGAGGAGCUUUCACUGCUGUCUCCGAACAGAAAUGGUGACGGGUCAUGGCGGUUAAACUUCAACUGUUAUCAGUUAUCACCAGAACACAAAGAGAAAAAACCGCCUCGUGGAAUCCAUGAUUGCUACGGAGUUUUAGGUCCUGAAGAUGAUGUAGCUGAGUUCUAUCAGCAGCAGGUGGAGAUGCUCAAGGGCUUCAAUGAAAUGGAUGCCUUGGCAGAGCGUGGAUUUAUUCCUGGAAUGUCAGAGGAAGAGAAGGAAAAUUUGGCUAGAAGUGAGACCUUUGCGAUUAGAAUAUCUAAUUUUGCAAACAUGGUUCUUUUUGCUGCCAAGGUUUAUGCAUCUGUCAGAAGUGGUUCAUUAGCCAUCAUUGCAUCCACGUUGGACUCUCUUCUUGAUCUUCUGUCUGGCUUUAUCCUGUGGUUUACUGCAUUCUCUAUGCAAACACCAAACCCUUAUCAGUACCCCAUUGGAAAGAAACGCAUGCAGCCAUUGGGAAUUCUUGUUUUCGCCUCUGUCAUGGCAACUUUAGGAUUGCAGAUUAUAUUGGAAUCAGUACGCACAUUGCACUCAGAUGAGAAUGACUUUAAUCUGAGCAAGGAGCAAGAGCGCUGGGUUGUGGGCAUUAUGCUAUCAGUGACCUUGGUUAAACUUGUGCUGAUGGUUUACUGUCGCUCCUUUACUAAUGAGAUCGUCAAAGCUUAUGCCCAGGAUCACUUUUUUGAUGUUAUUACUAAUAUCAUAGGCCUAAUUGCUGCACUUAUGGCUAAUUAUAUGGAAGAAUGGAUGGAUCCUGUUGGUGCAAUAAUUCUGGCCUUGUACACCAUUCGCACAUGGUCAAUGACUGUGUUGGAGAACGUGAAUUCUCUAGUUGGGAAAUCCGCUACACCAGAUUAUCUACAAAAACUCACAUACCUAUGCUGGAACCAUCAUAAGGCCAUUAGACACAUUGACACGGUUCGGGCUUACACCUUUGGGUCUCACUACUUUGUCGAGGUUGACAUAGUCCUGCCUUCGAGCAUGCCCUUGCAGGAGGCUCAUGACAUUGGAGAAUCUUUGCAAGAGAAGCUCGAAUUACUCCCAGAGAUUGAGCGUGCCUUUGUCCACCUUGAUUAUGAAUACACCCACAAGCCUGAGCACGCUCAGUCACACUCAUAGUGGCAAGUGAAUAUGGUCUCCUCAUUACCACGUUGUGGUCUGUAUUUUGCGUCACCUUCUAACACGAUUCACCGUGAUCCAUGCAAGCUAAUCCAUUUGGAGGAAAGUGAUUGCUGACAGGGUUGCAUGCAGGAUGGUUGGUAAAUUAGUAGUAUAUUCCACUGGCCCAUGGGUUUUCAAAUUGGGAAACUUGGAAGCUCUUAAAUUUGGAGAAUAUAGACAAAUCUAGUACUGCUGUUUAGUGCCAGAUUCUCUAUUUGAGAAUCAAGGAUUUGUAUGGUAUAUCCAGUCGGCCUACUUUAUCCAUGUGCUGAUCUUUGUAUGGACGAGUUACCUGAUUCUAAAACUAUGAAAAAUGAGGUUCUCCUAUUAGCCAA